AGCCUGUUUUCGUUUAAUUUCUAAGAUCCAACUUCAGGACAACUCUUAAACACAACAACAAUUCAAAAUGUCGAUUAUGCAAUAUAAUGGUGGCUCCGUUGUAGCCAUGGUUGGCAAGGACUGUGUCGCUAUUGCAGCAGAUAAACGUCUAGGUCAACAAUUCAUGACUGUGUCAACUGAAUUCCAAAAGAUUUUCAAAGCAUCUGAAAAGACGUUUGUUGGAUUACCUGGUUUGGCAACUGAUGUUUUAACAUUAGCGGAUCGUUUCCGUUUCAAAAUAAAUAUGUACAAGAUGCGUGAAGAAAGAGAAAUGGAACCAAAAACACUCGCGCAUAUGGUGUCAUCUACCCUAUAUGAGAGAAGAUUUGGACCUUAUUUUGUUGAACCAGUGAUUGCAGGAUUAGGAAAAGACAAUAAGCCAUUCAUAUGUUCUAUGGAUUUGAUUGGAUGUAUCAACUUUGCAAAGGAUUUUGUUGUGAGUGGCACUGCAGGAUCAAACUUAUAUGGUAUGUGUGAAUCUCUCUGGGAACCAGAUCUUGGACCUGAAGAACUGUUUGAGACCAUCUCUCAAGCAUUAUUGAACGCACAAGACAGAGAUGCUUUGUCUGGCUGGGGUGCUGUAGUUCAUGUCAUUACACCAACUGAAAUUAUUACCCGUUCACUCAAAUCACGUCAAGAUUAACUCACUUUAUACAUUUUAAGAAAUAUCAACAUUGUGAUAAAGAUAUGAUAUACAUACAA